CGCGAGACUCCGGCGGCUCAGCAAUGGCGAGAUCAUGCCGCGUCACUGCUCCGCCGCCGGCUGCUGCACACGGGAUACGCGCGAGACGCGCAAUCGCGGCAUCUCCUUCCACAGGUCAGCGCGCGUGCGUGCUGGCUCACGAAGACUUCCCAAAAAGGACAACCCAAGGCGAGGCUUGUGGCUGGCCAACUGCCAGAGGCUGGACCCCAGCGGCCAGGGCCUAUGGGACCCAGCAUCCGAAUACAUCUACUUCUGCUCCAAACACUUCGAAGAGAACUGCUUUGAGCUAGUGGGAAUCAGUGGGUAUCACAGGCUGAAGGAGGGUGCAGUACCCACAAUAUUUGAGUCUUUCUCCAAGUUGCGCCGGACAACCAAGACCAAGGGGCACAGUUAUUCACCUGGUCCCCCCGACGUCAGCCGGCUCCGGCGAUGCAGGAAGCGCUGCUCUGAGGGCAGAGGACCCACAACUCCUUUUUCUCCACCUCCACCUGCUGAGGUCACCUGCUUUCCUGUGGAAGAGGUCUCAGCACCUGCUGCUUUGCCUUCCUCCCCCACUGGGAGGCUGGAGCCUUGCCUCAGCAGCCCCUUCUCUGACCUCCUGGGGCCCCUGGGUGCCCAAGCGGAUGAGGCAGGCUGCAGCACCCAGCCCUCACCAGAGCGGGAGCCAGAACGCCAGCCAUCCCCUCUUGAGCCGCGGCCUGUCUCACCCUCAGCCUACAUGCUGCGCCUCCCACCACCUGCUGGAGCCUACAUCCAGAAUGAGCACAGCUACCAGGUGGGCAGUGCCCUACUCUGGAAGCGGCGGGCAGAGGCUGCACUUGACGCCCUCGACAAAGCUCAGCGCCAGCUGCAGGCCUGCAAGCGGCGGGAGCAGCGGCUGCGGCUGCGGCUAACCAAGCUCCAGCAGGAACGAGCGCGGGAGGAGCGGGCGCGGGAGAAGCGGGCACAGGCAGAUGCCCGCCAGACUCUGAAGGAGCACGUGCAGGACUUUGCUAUGCAGCUGAGCAGCAGCAUGACCUGAGUGAGGGGCCACUGGACCCAGGACUGACUGAGAGGCUGCCUGUCAGGGCUCCAAGCCUCUUCCUCAGAAUCCACCUGGAAAGGGACCUGAUCUGAGUUGCAUCCACCAGACCUACCAGGUGCCCUAAUAAAGUGGAUUCUAGGAGGUCCUGUAUCUGGUUCAGCAGGGGGCUGGGGACCCUCCCUCAGUAUCAGUCUUAUUCCUGCAGAAAAUGGCUACAGCCCCCAGAGAGCUCGGGAACCUUGAGGUCCUGGAACCCUGAAGUCCAAGCUCUGGGCUGCAAAGAGCAGAGCCUUGCUCUUGCUCACUCCUCCCCAUGCAGCUGCAUGCCCCACAAGGUUCUUGGAGGGACAGGGUGGUAUGAGUAGAGGUCGGGGGCAGCACUAGGCACCCUUUCCUUGGUACCUGAAAUAGCCUUGACUUGAGCAAGCUGGUUUCCUUGAAGACAUUCUUAAAACCCAGGCCAGACUUUCUUUGUGAGGACACAACAGGCUCAGCCUGCACAGCCUGAGUUCUGGCCUGGAGGCCAGCCUCCUGCUCAGUCCCAGGCCUAUCUCAUCUGAAAACAGGGACAAGAAUGAUUUCUAACCUUCUGGGACCGCUGUGCUUGGCAAGUAGUGAGGCCCAACAAAUGACGUUUCCGGUCCCUGAAGUGGGGGAAAGCACAUGGCAGCAGUCUUGGCCUUAACCUGUGUCCCCAUUUUUCUUUAACGUGACUGGGACCUAGGCCUCUUUGCGUCUGUAAUUAUGGUAAACAGGUUAGUGCACGGGGCAGUUUUGACUGCACAGGUGACCUCUCCCUGCUGGCCCUUGGCCACAACAGCCCCAGCGCAGCUGAAUUCUUUCUAGUCCUGUGAACUACUUACACUGUUACGAAAUUUGCUCUUUAGAGCUCUUGGUGUGUGGCUUCAUUUAUUCAUAGCAUAUCUAGAAGAGAUAGCUUAGUAGCCAGUUACAAGGGUCCCAUCGGGUCCACUGUGCAGCUGGAUUUC